UGGCACCAGAACGAGUAAACGACAGGAUCUGCUCAACGCAAUGGGUUCCAUGUACACAGCAGUUCUAUUCAUUAGAAUCGAAAAUGUUGCAUCUGUGCAGCCAGUGGUGGCCAUUAAACGAACGAUCUUCUACAGAGAGCGGGCUGCUGGAAUGUACUCGGCUUUGCCAUAUACGUUUGCACAGGUUGCAUUCAACGUUCCAUAUAUCUUGGUUCAGACUCUAAUAUACUCUGUCAUUGUCUACGCCAUGAUUGCAUUCGAGUGGACUGUUGCCAAGUUUUUCUGGACUGUUUUCUUCAUGUUCUUCACAUUGCUCUACUUUACAUACUACGAGAUGAUGGCGGUUGGCAUAACUCCUAAUCAUGACAUUGCUGCGAUAGUUUCAUCUGCUUUUUAUGUGAUAUGGAAUCUCUUCGCAGGAUUCCUAAUUCCCCGACUUAGAAUCCCAAUAUGGUGGAGAUGGUUAUAUUGGGCAUGUCCCGUUGCAUGGACCUUGUAUGGAAUGGUCGUUUCUCAGUUUGGCGACUUGGAAACUCCUAUGGAGGAGAAUGGCGUAACGGUGAAGGUCUUCACAGAGGACUAUUUUGGAUUCAAACACAGCUUCUUGGGAGCAGUUGCUGGUGCUAUUAUUGGGUUUACAGUGCUCUUUGCCACUAUCUUUGCUUUUUCAAUUAAGGUGUUGAACUUCCAGAGAAGAUGAUUGAAUGUUGUGGAUCAUAUGAGGCCCAUCUUAAGGCAUUUGGGCUGCUACUAUAUAGACUUUUUAUAAUGU